UCGCUCCUGUGGACCGCGCGGCGCCGCGCCCGGCCGGCCGGCGCCUCCGCUUCCAGCCAAGAUGGCGGAGAGCGGCGAGGCUCUGGGCACGGUCCCGGAGCACGAGCGGAUCUUGCAGGAGAUCGAAAGCACCGACACCGCCUGCGUAGGGCCCACCCUCCGGUCUGUGUAUGAUGAUCAACCAAAUGCACACAAGAAGUUUAUGGAAAAGCUAGAUGCUUGUAUCCGCAACCAUGACAAGGAAAUUGAAAAGAUGUGUAACUUCCAUCACCAGGGCUUUGUGGAUGCUAUUACGGAACUCCUUAAAGUAAGGGCUGAUGCAGAAAAACUGAAGGUGCAAGUUACUGACACCAACCGAAGGUUUCAAGAUGCUGGAAAAGAGGUGAUAGUACAAACAGAAGAUAUUAUUCGAUGUAGAAUUCAGCAGAGAAACAUUACAACUGUUGUAGAGAAAUUGCAGUUGUGCAUCCCAGUGCUGGAAAUGUACAGUAAGCUGAAAGAACAGAUGAGCAUGAAAAGGUACUAUUCUGCACUUAAAACAAUGGAACAGCUAGAGAACGUGUACUUUCCCCGGGUCAGUCAGUACCGCUUCUGUCAGCUAAUGAUAGACACGCUUCCUCAACUCCGGGAAGAUAUCAAAGAAGUCUCCAUGUCCGAUCUCAAGGACUUUCUGGAAAGCAUCCGAAAGCAUUCUGACAAAAUAGGUGAAACAGCCAUGAAACAGGCCCAACAGCAGAAAAGCUUCAGUGUUGCUCUGCAGAAGCAAAAUAAUGUGAGGUUUGGGAAAAAUAUGCAUGUAAAUAAUGACAGAAUUCUAGAAGAAAAGAAUGACAUUGUAUUGAAACAUGUACUUGAAGAGGAGGCUGAGAAUGAAGAGGAGGUCUUAACUGUUCAAGAUCUCGUUGAUUUUUCCCCUGUUUACCGAUGCUUACACAUUUAUUCUGCUUUGGUUCAGACCUUACUGUAUGUGUACCAUACAACAUCUUCAAGUAAGGAGUUUUCAUUGCAAGUCAGAGAUUUCAACUUUUUUUUGUUUAACAGGGACAUUUUUGAGGAAGAUAAUUAUAGCCCCAUCCCUAUUGGCAGUGAAGAAGAAUACAAAGUAGUCAUCAGUAAAUUUCCCUUUCAAGAUCCAGAACUUGAAAAGCAAUCUUUCCCAAAGAAGUUUCCCAUGUCCCAGUCAGUGCCUCUUAUUUACAUUCAAGUUAAAGAAUUUAUUUAUGCCAGCCUUAAAUUUUCGGAGUCACUACACCGAAGUUCAACAGAAAUAGAUGAUAUGCUUAGGAAAUCAACAAAUUUGCUGCUGACCAGAAUUCUGAGUAGCUGUUUACUGAACCUUAUUAGAAAACCUCAUAUAGGUUUGACAGAGUUGGUGCAAAUCAUCAUAAACACAACACACCUGGAACAAGCUUGCAAAUACCUGGAGGACUUCAUUACUAACAUUACAAAUAUUUCUCAAGAAACGGUUCACACCACAAGACUUUAUGGACUUUCUACUUUUAAGGACGCUCGACAUGCAGCAGAAGGAGAGAUAUAUACCAAACUCAAUCAAAAAAUUGAUGAAUUUGUUCAGCUGGCUGAUUAUGACUGGACAAUGGCUGAGUCGGAUGGAAGAGCGAGUGGUUAUUUAAUGGACCUUAUUAAUUUUUUGAGAAGCAUCUUUCAAGUUUUUACCCAUUUGCCUGGGAAAGUUGCUCAGACAGCUUGCAUGUCAGCCUGCCAGCAUCUGUCAACAUCUUUAAUGCAGAUGCUCCUGGACAGCGAGUUAAAACAGAUAAGCAUGGGAGCAGUCCAGCAGUUCAACUUAGAUGUCAUACAGUGUGAAUUGUUUGCCAGCUCUGAGCCUGUGCCGGGAUUUCAAGGGGACACCCUCCAGCUGGCAUUCAUUGACCUCAGACAACUCCUUGACUUGUUUAUGGUUUGGGACUGGUCCACUUACCUAGCUGACUAUGGACAGCCAGCUUCAAAGUACCUUCGUGUGAAUCCACACACAGCCCUUACUCUUUUGGAGAAGAUGAAGGACGCCAGCAAGAAGAAUAAUAUAUUCGCCCAGUUCCGGAAGGGUGACCGAGACAGGCAGAAGCUGAUAGAGACGGUGGUGAGGCAGCUCAGAGGCUUGGUGACGGGUGUGUCCCAGCACACGUAGACACUUCAGGCCCGUGGCUGAGCGCUUCUCCGUGGCCAGCCCUGGUCAUGAGACUGUCUACAGAAGUCAGAAAUACAGUGGAGGAAAUACACUGAUGAGGGCUUAACAAGUCAUGGUAACAAACAUCCUUUGUAUGGAUUUUUAAAUAAUUGAAUACUAUUUUAUAUAUAAAAAUGUAAGAUUAAUUUUUUCAAUUUUAAAGGAAAAGUCAAAGUGUAAUAUAUAAAUCCAAUAAAUCGUGUAUGAAACUGAUUGCAAAUAUUAGAGAAACUUGUGUCUCUGCUUGUAAGUAUUCUUUCUUCUUAAGCUUGAAAGAGCCUCUCUCAUGUCAUUAUAGUUUGGGAUGCAGGCACUCCUGAGAAGGGACUAUUUGGCUGUCAUUGUUGGACUUUUUAUUUUCACCUCAGUUUGACUCAUAGGCCUAAAAUGUUUAGUUCUGCUGAUUCUGAGGAGGAAAUAUACAGAUCUUGAAAGUUCCUGAACUCAAACACAGCUCACCAGGAAUGUCAAUGACUUGCUCUACUUGGCUAGCUUAAUCAUUCUGAAUAUGAAGAGUUUUGGAUUAGGAAGGGUUUGGAUUUCCUAAAGAUGCAGUAUUUCUUGUAGCUGACCCCAGUUUUAAGGUUUUAGUUUGGUUUAAGUUAAAGGGGCUGUAGCUGUUCUGAGUUCCAACGGGGUUCAGGUGGAUGCUCUUCUGAUAGUAGAUCUCAGUGCUGUGUGCUGUGGAAACAAACCAGGUCAGCUGAACUUGAAAACCUACAGCAAAUGUACAUUUUCCUUCGGCUAACUCACAGUGACACAGCUGACCUGGGACCCUGACCUCUGUUUACUCUCCGUUGUAAUUAUGCUGAAAUGUCCCCUUUGCAUUUUCCCGGAUUUUUGCUGUAGACUACCUGACUCUGUAAAAUAAGUAUGAAGAGCUGUGCUUACAUGUCUGGACUUUGUGAUAAAACAUUAAAAAGGGUUAGAGUUGUUGAA